AUGAAUGGCAAUGAAGAUGCAUAAAGUGUAGUUUUGACUAAUAUUUGUACUAGUCCUGCUUUUGGAAAAACAGCAGAUGAUUUAAGAUCAAGUAAUAUGUAAAAUGCAAUGACUGCUUCAACAAUUCAGCGAAGAGUCAGACCGCACACAGCUAAAUCAACAAAGAUGUAAAACAUGAUAAAUUCUAUUAACAAUAGAGUUUAUUCCAAUAGAUUGAAUUCCUCAAACAAUAAAAGCUUAGCUAUUACUCACCAGGUAGAUAGAGCAUGUAGGCAUUCGCUUAUUUCUAAGAUAUCAUAACAAAAUCUAGUUGAUGAUAAUGAGUGCAAUGUUACUUAAAAGGAUUUAAAGCAAUAAAGAACAGAUAUAAAAAAGCUGAACUCCUGUAUUAAUCUCUUGGAAUCUAAUGAGAAGAAUACUGAAAUUAAUUUCAAUAAUAAAAUCGAUGAGAUUCAUGAAGAUUGGUAGGAGCAAUACAAGAAGCUUAAGACUUAAGGGAAAAAAUAAAAAAAAUUAUUAAAAGAAAAGUAUGAAAGUGAGACAUAGGUAUUAGAAUACAGGAUUGAAAAUGAGGACAAGUUAAAAGAGGCUUUUAAGGAUUAAAUGAUUUAGGAGGAAUAGUUGAUUAGAUAAUUACAAUCAUAGAUUAUGUUGUCCCAAUCUGAAACUUAAACCUAAUCAGAAAAAAUAAAGAAAGAGCAGUAGAUGUUCUCUGAAAGGCUUGAUAAACUUAAAAAGCAAAAAGAAGAUGCAGCCUUCCAGUCAAUUCAAAUAUAAAAUGCGAUUUCAUCUAAGAUUAUUGAAGCUAUGCACCUAAAGCUUCUAAAUAAUUAGUUAAACCAGGAUCUGUAGCUCGAGUUUUAGAGAAAUGAAAGACUUGAGAGAAUAUAGGAGAUUGAAAAGAAUUUUAGAGAAGAGGUGGCUUACUCUUUAUUGAUUAGUCUGAUUAACCCUGAGAAGAUAAGUGGAGAAGUCUAGCCUGUGAUUACGAACUAGUUCAAAAAGGUAAUUAGGACUUUAAGACAGAGAUAUAAUGCUGUUGACAAUGAAGUAGAAUUGAUUAGUCAUUUGCAAAAAGAUAAAAACUCCUGUAUAUUUAUACCGACUUAGAGUGACAGUGAUAUACAGUCUAAAUCAAUCGAGCAAAUUAAAAGUUCAACUGCAACAAACAAAUCCAAAAGAAUCAGACCUAGGCCUCUAACAGCUAAAAAAUAAUCGGAAUCUAUUUAAUGA